CUUGUUAUAGCUAUUAGGUGCAAGUUGCCACUAUGGCUCCGCGUCCCGUGAUUUCUUCACCCUCAGGUCACAUCCUCCCUGCCCUCUUCUCUGCGCUGGGUCUGUUUCUUCUGCUGUGCGGGCUGUGCGCCCUCUGCAAGAGAAGGAGGAAGAGGAGGUUAAGGAAUGUCCGUCCCAACGGAGUGGCCCUUGUGGAUGUGACCCUGCUGCGUCAGACCCAGCUUCGGUCUCUCAGCAAAUCCGACACCAGACUCCAUGAAAUCAAAAGGCCUCGACUCCACGAUCCCCAGCUUCGGCCAGUCAGCAUGGACCCGCUCUACCACUCUCCAAACUGGCAGUGCGCUGCCGCUGAGGAAGAUGCCACCUACUCCAACCUGACCUACACCCCUGCGCCCCUAAAGACCUCCCUGUAUGAGUGUGUUGGCUCUCGCACAGAGAUUGAGAGCGUGCCGAGCGUGUCCCAGGAGGACGAGGUAACGGCCGAGUAUGCUGUCGUGUGCAAAAUAAAGAAGGGGGUGAGCUCGGGGGUGCAGGAAUCCAGGAAAGAGAAGAAAACUCAGCCACAGAGAGCUUCUGAAGAGCCCAUCCUUCCGCAUAGGCCGGACGACCUGGACGACCUUCAGAUUGACCAACCAGUGGAGGACCUACCUAAACAAGCCAGUAAUUUAUAUCCAAUAAGGCAGUCUCCUAUCCUGCCUAUCAGGGGCCCGGAUUCCGAACGCCUCCCGCCGAUCAAGAAGGGCGCAGCCAACGAGAACGCUCAGGGCUCUGUAAACGCAGUUUUCGAGCGCCCUCCGCAGCCGGCGUACGCUCCUGAGCAGCCUGAAGAGAAUCUAUACGAGAGUAUAU